AUGGCGGAAGCCGCUUUUCUGCGGAGGUCGUUCCGCUUCCCCCGUCCCCCCGUGCGUAUACUUCCCCCGCUCCUAGCGGGGCGGGUGGUGUUAGUGACCGCGCCUGCGCCGUACGACGCGGCGCUGAGCGCGGCAGUGCGGGAAGCAGGCGGGGAAGCAGUGGCGUGCAGCAUGGUGGCGACAGACGUGGGCGAUGAAGCGUGCCGGCGAGCAGUGGAACAGUUCCUAGUGGGGGCUGCGGGCGGGCGGCAGAGCGAGGACGCUGGCGGGGCGAGUGAGGGAGAGAGUGAGGGAGUGAGUGAGGGGGUGCAGGACGUGGCAGCCAUAGCGUUCACGUCUCGCAACGGCAUCACGGCCUUUGCAAAUGCGCAGGACGAGCAGGAACAUCAGCAGCAGAGCACCACACCCCUCAGCACCGCGCCAUGCUCUCCUCUCCUCAUCGGUGCUCUGGGUCGGGACGCCGAGCUGCUCUCCUCGCUCGGCCCCAUCAUCUCCCACCCCUCCGCACGCCUCGUCCUACCACCUGUCGCCACGCCAUUGGCCCUAGCAGACGCCCUGGGUCCAGGGGACGGGCGCAUAGUAGCAUGCCCUGUGCCGCGGGUGGAAGGGCUAGAAGAACCCCCAGUGGUGCCCACGUUCCUGCGUGCUUUGGAGGAAAGAGGCUGUAAUUCGCAAGGCGGGGGAGAUACUAGUGGGGACGGAGAGGGAGGUGAGUUGGGUGAGUUACGAGCAGCAGAAGGGGCGGUGAGCAUGCACCCGUCAGUGGCUGCCGUGGUGUUCUCCAGCACAGCAGAGGCACAGGGCUUUGUGGCCUGCUGCCAUGCCAUGGGCGUGCACCCUCUGCGCUUCCUGGGCAGACACGAAUCGCAACCUCCUCAUUCCCCUCCUGGUGCUGAUGCUGCAGACGGCAGUGGGGUGAGCAGGCGGGGGGUGGUGGUGGCAGCGCACGGGCCGGUGACAGCGGAGGGAGUGCGCAAUGCGGGGUUGCCUGUGGACGUGGUGAGCCAGCAGUUCAGCAGCUUUGCAGGUGUUGUGGAUGCCCUUGCUGCACAUCUUGGUCACUUGGAUUGA